AUGGACACUGGCGACGGCUCCGGCGGCCUUUCGAGCGGCGACCUGACGGGCUCCACCCCUCCCCCUCCCGCUCCUGUGCUCCCCUCCUCUGACCUCUCCACCCCCGUCCUCACGGCUCCGCCAGCAACCGCCCCUAGCACCAUGAGUCUAGUGACCCUGCCGUCGCCUCCCACCCUCCCUGACAUAGCGUCGUCCUCUGCCACCACCACCCCCUCCAUCCACACGCUCAACAACAUCCACAACCUCAUCCCCUUCAAGCUGGAUGUCCAAACCGGCAGCUAUUCGAAGUGGCGUGAACUCUGGCGCUGCGUCCUCCUCAUGUACUCCGUCGACAGCCAUGUCAACCACUACUCCGACCCACUGCUCCAAACUCCGGCGUGGCGCCACACCGAUCUGACGCUCCUGCUCCUGCUCUACUCCACCAUCGCCGACGGCCUGUACGAGGUUAUCCACGGUGCCGGCAACACCGCGCAUCCCGUCUGGAGCCAACUCCACGAAUUCUUCCUCGCCAACCAACCUGCUCAGGCCGUGCACCUCAGCGCGGAAUUCCGCGCCCUCACCCAAGGAGAUCUCCGCAUCGCCGAGUACUGCGGGCGCCUCAAAGCGCUCACGGACGCCCUGGCCGACGUCGACGAGCCCGUCACUGAUCGCACCCUGACGCUGCCGCUUCUCCGCGGCCUCUCUCGUCGGUACCAGGUGAUCGCCACAGUCAUCCCGAUGCAGACUCCCUUCCCAUCCUUCAACCAGGCCCGUUCCCGUCUUCUUCUGGAGGAAAUCACCCAGGACGCCCGCGAUCGCUCCGACGGCUCCACCGCUCUCGCCAUCGGCCCCGGCGGCGGCGGGGGCUCUGGCGGCUCCUCCGGCCCUUCUCCCUCCACUGGUGACCGUGUCAAGGCUCCCAUGGAGCGUGGCAACAGCAGCGCCGGUGACCGCGGCCGCGGGCACAACGGUGGACGCGGGCGUGGCCGCGGGCGCGGGCACGGCUACAACGGCGGACGCGGUCCGCCUGCUCUUCCUCCCCGCGGCUCCACUCCGUGGAUGGGCUACUUCGCGCCGUGGGGGACGCCCUUCCCGCCGCCGCGCGCUCCCUGGGUUCCCCCCAAUGCAGCCGGGGUUCUCGGGCCUCGACCCGGUGCUGCCCAGCACGCCUACCCCGCGCUGUACGCUGGACCCAGCGCGCCGCCCCAACCCUCUUGGGGUCAGGCGGCGCUCUACUCCGCCAUGAACCAGCUGUCUCUCCAGCAGCCCGGCAACGGCACCGGCGACUGGAUCUUUGAUUCCGGUGCCUCCUCGCACGUCACUGGAUCUAGCCACCAGGACCCCCCUCAUGAGGCGCACUAG